ACUCCAGCGCGUGUUGCCGACAACCAACAAUCGAGACAGUGGACAAUCGAUAUAGUGAAUCGAGAAUUGCAUUCGAAUUAUCCAAAUUUGAAAUUGCCAAUUCUAGUGUUGUACCCCUGUGUGUUUAGUGCAAGAGCUGCCGACAAGUGAGAGUGUGGAAAGUAAGGCGGAGUAUGCGCCAGCGCAUGUUUUCACUUUCUACGUGACGGGACACACUGAGCGAUGACUCCCGUGAAUACAAUACGGCCAUUGGCCAUAAUAUGGCUAACUAUAGCUAUCACCUGCGCAGCUGCCGACCACAACGACCAAAAUAUGACUACAACCAAAGCCAUACGUACUACGAUCCUUCCUUCACGGACUACAAGAACAGAACUCAAAGUUUCCAGAAGUCUGAAUCCACAUGAUACUCAAACCCUUAAUGUGAAAACUAGGCAAGGUCAUAUGACUCAACUCAUUGUAAAGAAAAAGGAUAUAAAGAGCACAACUCUUCAUGCGAGCACGACACAAGCUCCUACUACCGUAUCGGUCAAGACUACUGUUACGUCACUUAAGCCCAACAUAACUGUUGAAGAUAAUAAAAACAAAACAGAAAGUAGAGACCAGAGGAAACUUAACUUUGUUGGAACACUUAACAGUGACUUAGCUGGGUACGAUUACUACUUAAAUCGCAAUAAAAAUUCUGACGCUGAACUUGGUGAUAUUAAAACUGAAUACGGUAACUGGUCUCCUGUAUCAGUUUACCCUGAAUCUCAUAUACAGGAAGAUGGUAAGAAACCAGAAACAGAUCCAGAAACAUCAAGUUAUUAUCCCACAUAUGAUAAUGAUAAAAUAACAGAAGACAAAAAGGUUUACAUUACGUCAACAAGUUUUUUAGAUUACGGUAGUCCAAUUAAAAACUACAGAUUCGAUCCCCAUAACCCAGUAAUAAAAAAUGACCGAAAUCCAGUAUAUAUUGAGGUGGUAAGCACGAAAGUCGCUGAUGGUGAAGAAAAAUCUUUCAAAAUCCCUGAUCCAGUAGUAAUUAGUUCUGAACCUAUGUACCUAAAAAAAGCUGUUGAUAAGUAUAACAAUAAGCGUGGCAGAUCUAUUUUAUCCCUCGGUGAAGAUGGCAUACCUGAAAUUCAUGGAGUAAGAGUACCUGAUGAUGAAUCUGAUAAGAAAACUUGGAGAAAUGCGCGUGUUGUCAAUGGAGAACUGUUACCAUAUCCAGAGGGCUAUAAACCACCUAAAGCGAUAGCAGAAGCAGAUGUGUAUCCCAAUAUUGCAGACGUCGAACCCCACCAGAGUUUUGGGCCUUUCACAAAAGAAGACAAUUUUGAACACAAUGAUGGACCCUUCACAAAGUUUGACAAUAUUAAAUUUGAUUAUGACGAUGCCAUUGGUCCCUAUAUGACAAGUGAUAAUCCAGCAUAUGCAUACAAACAAAAGAAAGACAAUUAUUAUUUGAAAUCUAAUUACGGGCCUUUCACUAAAGCCGAUAAUUCAAAAGUAGCCAACUCUAAACUUAUAGAAUACAUCAAGCAAAUUAAUGAACAAGAAUCUAAACGAGAUUACUUCAGCGGUCGUAGUUCAAGAGCUCACACUGGGGAUCUGGAAUACUCUGAAAGCCAUAUUCAAAGGCGCAUGCUCCAACAUCCUGGAGAAAAUAACUUCCCAAAUUCAUUAAUGUACACUCCAAAAAAUGCUAAGCCAGAGUUUGAUGAAAGUGUUCGCAAUCCAGUAUUACAAUAUGCUCAUCCAGAAUUAGGUAUUCAGCCCGCUAAAGCCACUAAUGUAGAUAACUAUGAAAAUAAAGAACGCAAAGUGAAAUACUAUACUACAAACGUACCUAAAAGUGCACACCCAUACCCAAUGGAGCCUAUCAACGGAUUUGGGCAACAACGUUCUCAAAAUCAUAACAGAUACUACGAGGAUGAACAUAAGAAAUUUUCUUACUAUGAACAUAACCCUAGCCCUCGUUAUCCUUAUAACUAUGGCUAUAUGAAUAUAAAGCGUGUUCAAGAACCAUCUUUGUGGCAAAAACUUACCAACUCUAUGAAGGACACUAUAAACAGUGCAAGCCAAACAGUUCAUCAACUAACAAGACCCAUAAUAGAUCCUAUUGCAAAAGUGACACAGCCUGUCCUUGAUCCUUUAGUGGAAGCUACUCAUAAAAUCUCUCACAAUUUAGGACUUUACUCAUCUAACUCGAUACAGUCUCAAAGAUAUGCUCAAGAUAAAAUUGGCGUGGCAGCCGCAGCUACCGCAGGAGCUCCCGCCAUGCUGCCAGCUAUCGGUCUUAUGGCUGGAGGCGCUGCUUUAGGUCUUGGUGCUGUUGCUAUGGGAAGGCUUUUGGAUGUUAAUAUAAUGAGAAACGCAGGUUUAGGAGAAGAUGAUAUUGUAGAUGACAUUGAAAAGGAACACAAGAGAUCAUUCAGUGGAGUGCCAUAUGAUAUUGACAGACAUAUUAUAAGUAACCAAAAGGUUUACGAUGAUAACUAUAAAAUGCCUAGUGAAAAUGUAUAUGUCGUUAUGUCUCCAGAUGGAAAUGAUGGCACUCGUGCCAAACGUGAUGUCUUAAGUUUCUUCCAAGAACCCAGUUCACAAAGUGUUGUGUUAAAAAGAGUGAAAAGAAAACAUAUAGUGAAGAGGGCAUUAAAGCAUGACUUGCCCGACGACCUCCAGCAUUUAGACAGUAACCCAACCCCGUCUUCUUUGAAUACGGCAGCUAUGGAUUUGGUUAAACAAACAGACUGGAGAGAUUCUCAGUGCGCUAAGUUUACCUUCUGUAAAGUACUGACGUCACAGCCAUCUGACUCGAUCUUCGCAAUGGAGAAAAAAAUGGAGGCGUUAUUAAAAAUGAUCUCGCGGGGCGGAAGUACAAGCGUUGCGACUGUAGCCCACCAGCUCGGGGACGUGAUGGCUGCGAGUCGAGAUCACGACUGCAGCCGGUUCCGAUGCGAUGCCCACUGAUGGUCACAUGCGAUGCACACUGAUGGUCAACACGUAAUUACAGAAGGUGUCACCAGCUUACGAAAGUGAAAAAAGAACUAAAGUAGUCAAUGCGUUUUUCCCUACUGUGUACAAUGAACAAAAGCAUGAGCAGCUUAUUACUUAAAUAUAUGUUGUUUAUAAAUAUAUAUAUUUAGUGUAGUACGAGUAUGUAUAAGAAUAUAUUAGAUUUGAAAUAUUUUUUAAAUAUCUGAAAUAGAAACAUAUUAGAACAACUUCAAUAAAAUUACUUAUUCGCAUAUCAAUGACAUGUUUGGUUAAGUAGCCUUAAAUUUAAAUUAUUUAGUUUCCUGGCCUCUAAUUAAAAUGUCCAUUUUAAUUUUAAAGCUAUCUCGAACACAUAGAUCUUUUUUACCAGUAGAUAUAUGUACUGAUAGUGCCGCACUAAAUAUAUACAUCCGAACAAAAUAAUAUAAUUGUAUUCAAAAAUAUUAUUAUGUAUAAAAAUAUAUUUGAAUGAAAGUAAUAUUUUUAACCACACACGUGUAGAACGCUCACUAUUAAAUAAUUUUAAUUUAUAUUUAAAACACAUUUCCUGGUGAAAUGUGAGUGAUUUCGUUAGAAAUAUUUAUUGAUAAAGUUUAGGUAGGGAUAUCUUACUUCAAUUAAUAUUUGUUCGUUUAUUUUUGUAUAUGUAGGUAUAGAUAGUUAUUACAAUAUUGUAACAAGACUUACAAAUCGUGUAUAGAAACGUAUUCAGCAUCUGAAUGUAGAUACUUAUUUAUCAAUAGAAUGAAUAAUGAAGUAGAAGUUUAAACAUUGAAGUAAUAGUUCAGUUUAAACACAUUUACUAUAAAAUAUGUUUUUAUAACAAAUAACUUCAAUAAUCAAAUAUUAUCGUGCAUUAGAAAACAUGGAACGGUAAAAAACUUUUUAUCUGUACUUUACCUAUAUAAUCUGUCAUACUGGUUGUAUUUACCUAAAAAAAAUAUGAUUCACACGAACAUAUCCAUGUAUUAAUUGGAUUUUUAUUUAUUUGUUACCAAAUAUUUAUCAUAGUUAAGAUUAUAAUUAAACCAUAUUUAACUACGUU